ACGCUUAAACUACUGUUUGCAUAUGUGCUGUGUGUGUGUGUGUGUGUGUAUAUAUAUAUAAUAUAACUACCAAUGCAGACAAUUCAGCAAGCAUAAUACACAUUCUUUAAAUUUUGCCACACCCCCCCACCUUUCUCUCCAAAAUGGACUGGACUAGAGGCCAAACCAUUGGCCAUGGCUCCUCGGCCACCGUCUCGAUGGCCAAGGCCAGCCAGUCCGGUCAAGUCUUUGCGGUUAAGUCAGCUGAGCUAUUGAAAUCGGAGUCUCUCCAAAGAGAGCAAAGUAUUCUUUCAACAUUGAAGUGUCCACAAAUUGUGGUGUACAAGGGGUGUGACAUUACUAACGAGAAUGGUAAGUUGUUCUAUAAUCUUUUCUUGGAGUACAUAUCCGGUGGCACGCUUAUCGAUGCGAUUCGGGAGGGCGGAGGCUGUCUCGACGAGGCUAUGAUCAGAUUGUAUGCCCGGACGAUUUUGCUUGGCCUUGAGUACCUUCAUUGCAAUGGUAUAGUGCAUUGUGACAUUAAGGGUCAUAAUAUUUUGGUCACCGGUGAUGGGGCAAAAAUUGCUGACUUGGGUUGCGCUAAGCGGGUUGAUGAGGUGUCGGGGGAUGACUUGAAUACGACAGCUCCAAUUGCAGGCACUCCGCUUUACAUGGCACCUGAGGUGGCGCGUGGGGAGCACCAAGGGUUCCCAGCUGAUAUCUGGUCUGUCGGGUGCACCGUUGUUGAGAUGGCUACCGGACAAGCUCCAUGGGUAGAUGUCUCAGACCCAGUUUCAGCCCUUUACCAAAUUGGGUUUUCAGGUAACGUGCCAGAGAUUCCAAGCUUCAUGUCUAAGCAAGCCAAGGACUUUUUGAGCAAGUGCCUGAAGAGGGACCCAGGAGAAAGGUGGUCAGCCAGUGAAUUGCUCAAACAUGACUUCAUUACCGAGGAGCCAAAUUCUGCUUUCAAGGAGAUUAUUAGCAGCACAAAUUUAGACACUCCAACAUGUGUACUGGAUCAAGUCUUAUGGGACUCGAUAGAGGAGUUAGAGACAACUUGGGAUUUAUCCCAUGAAAGCCCUUCGGUCUCUCCAGUUGAAAGAAUCAAGCAAUUGACUGAAGGCAAUGGAGAAGUGCCCAAUUGGUCAUGGGAUGAUAAUUGGAUCACGGUAAGAAGCAACGAACAAGAAACAGUUCCUUGUAGUGAGGAUUAUAACUUGGCGUAUGCCAAUGGCCACGUCGGCCAUGGUGGGGCAGAGACAGCUUGGGCUAGCAUGGAAUAUGACUUCGUCUUCUUUCUUAAUGAACCCACGUGUAUCAGUGGUAAUAACACUAGCAGUAGUGGUAGUUGUGGCGAAGGUAGCAGGCAUAAAAUAUUAUUGAUGCCUUGUGAAUGUAGAAAAGGUACUUUAUGUGGCAGUUCAUAUUUUUUGAAGGAAAUAAACUUCGGUUUUCUACAUGGCAAUGCUUGCACAUGGGCACUUGGUGGUUGCAAGGACAGCAUCACAGGUGGGAAUAGCUUUCCUGCAUUGUUGAGGCCUGUAUUCUUGUUCUUUGCUGCACCAAGCACGGCUUGUAGGCCAGUUCUUUUCAAGAAAUCAAUGAGAAAAUUGACGGUUGCGUGGUGGGCUUAUUCAUCCACAUUAACACUCCUGGCAUCCGUUUCUGCUGAAUAUGCUAACGAGGUUAAAGGUCCUAUAGCAACAGCAAAAGAUGCUUGUUUUAUCUGCACUAUCAGUUCCGAUCUUCCUUGGCUUGAUGGUACUCGCCGUUAUAAACACUGA